AGAAAAGUCACAGAAUAACAAGGGCCUAUCGAAGUCUGACAGCCCAGGAAGACGACAGCUAUGAUUUUAAGAGGUUAUGUUUACGUUUAUGAAGAUAAUUUAAAAACCAAUUAAAAUAUUUUUAUUGAAUCAACCAACCUAUAAAAUGGGUUGUGGUAUUUACAAGAUAUUAGUGUUACAUCUGCUCUUAAAUAUUCAGUUCAUCUCCAGUAAUAAAAAAACACCGAGCGUUGAUAAAUUCGACGAAUGCAGAAGAUGUAAAUUGGUGACCGAUUCCUUUAAAUACUGGCUUGAGAAGACUUCUCGAGGUAAAUUUGAAGGCGGUGAUACCGCUUGGGAAGAAGCUAAAUUGAAAUCAUACGCACGUAGUGAAGUGCGACUGGUAGAAAUACAGGAAGGUUUGUGUUCUGAAUUGAAGAAAGACAAAGACCAAUGCUAUGCUCUGGCUGAAGAAGCUGAACAUCCAAUAGAAAAGUGGUGGUCGAUACAAAACUUGAACGAAGACCUGUAUUCAUGGCUAUGUAUUGACACACUGAAGUACUGUUGUCCAAUGCAUCAUUUUGGUCUUACCUGUGAGAAAUGUCCCUUAGAUUCUGCAAAUAAAGUUUGCAGUGGUCACGGUACAUGCAUUGGUGAAGGUACCCGUCACGGAACAGGAAAAUGUAAAUGUACUUCAGGAUUUGUUGGUACACUUUGUGAGAGUUGUGCUAAUAAUUACUUUAGGGUGAAUAAUGACAAAUGUGGUCGAUGUCACAGAGCUUGUGAUGGAUGCAGUGGAGCCAGUGACAGUGAGUGUCUCCGCUGCAGUGAUGGCUGGACAAUGGUGGAAGGUGCUUGUGUUGAUAUAGAUGAGUGUUCUGGCUCAGACAUUUGUGAGUCUAAUCAGUUCUGUGUUAAUCAAGAGGGUUCUCAUUCAUGUAAAAUAUGUGAUAUCUCAUGUGUCACAUGCACCGGGGAGGGUCCGUCCAACUGCAGCUCGUGUGAACCACAUCACUCACUGUGGAAUGGAAUGUGCCUAGAUGAGAAAUUAAAAGAGCAGUUACUUAUGGAUUCUUUAAAUAAAGCUGCCUUGUAUUUUGGUUUAUUUAUCAUUAUAAUAUUUGUGAUGAGAUUUUCCAAAUCCUUGGCCACUAUAGCCAUGAUUGCAGUUGCUAUUUUUGUAUACUUUUCAGAAAAAACACAAAAGAUUAGUACAUUUGAUUUCUUAUUGCAUAGUUAUUUAUAAAAUUAAUUUCAAGUCAAAUAGUGUAUUUUGUCUCCUCAUAAAAAAUUACCCCUCUAGUUGAACUUGUUGUUUAAAUAUAAUCAUUUUGUACAGAUGUAUCCUAUACAUAUUAUAUACUGUGUGUCCUAAAACUAUCAAAUAUAGUGCCAAUUUUU